CUAGAUUUUCUGCGGGAUCGGCACGUGCGGUUCUUCCAGCGCUGUCUCCAGGUUUUGCCGGAGCGGUAUUCUUCGCUCGAGACCAGCAGGAGCAAAUAAAAUGAAAAACAGAUUAUUUAGCUAACACAAACAGAUAAUAUGAUUUUAAAGCAUGGUUUCUCAACUUCAGCACUAUGGACUUUUGGGGCCAGAUACCUCUUUAUUUAAUGGAAUUGACCUGUGCAACAUUGGACAUGUGGAAGCAUCCCUGGCCUUUACCAACUAAGUCAUAGGAAUUACUAAAAUAUGGAAAUGGGAUAACCAUGCUGAACUAAACAGCAUUCUGGAAUGGAUUUCAACAUGAAAGGAAUUAUACAUAACAAGCUCUUCAUGUGAGAAGCAAUCACUAAGGUUGACAAUUGCAUUUUUUGCGCUGUCUGGACUGGAUAUGUUGGAUUCCUUAGAUGUGGUGAACAAAGAGGAUAUAAUAGAGUGGAUUUACUCCCUGCAGGUCCUUCCCACAGAAGACAGAUCAAAUCUAAAUCGCUGUGGUUUCAGAGGCUCUUCAUACCUGGGUAUUCCAUUCAAUCCAUCAAAGAAUCCUGGAACAGCCCAUCCUUAUGACAGUGGCCACAUAGCAAUGACCUACACUGGCCUUUCAUGCUUAGUUAUUCUUGGAGACGACCUAAGCCGAGUAAAUAAAGAAGCUUGCUUAGCAGGUUUGAGAGCCCUUCAGCUGGAAGAUGGGAGUUUUUGUGCAGUACCCGAAGGCAGUGAAAAUGACAUGCGAUUUGUAUACUGUGCUUCCUGUGUUUGCUAUAUGCUGAACAACUGGUCUGGCAUGGAUAUGAAAAAAGCUAUCAGCUAUAUUAGAAGAAGUAUGUCCUAUGACAAUGGGUUGGCACAGGGAGCUGGACUUGAAUCUCAUGGAGGAUCCACUUUUUGUGGCAUUGCAUCACUGUGUCUCAUGGGGAAACUAGAAGAAGUUUUUUCAGAAAAGGAAUUGAACAGGAUAAAGAGAUGGUGUAUAAUGAGGCAACAAAAUGGUUAUCAUGGAAGACCAAAUAAGCCUGUAGAUACCUGUUACUCUUUUUGGGUGGGAGCAACUCUAAAGCUUCUGAAAAUUUUCCAAUACACUAACUUUGAGAAAAAUAGAAAUUACAUCUUAUCAACUCAAGAUCGCCUCGUAGGGGGAUUUGCCAAGUGGCCAGAUAGUCAUCCAGAUGCUUUGCAUGCAUACUUUGGAAUUUGUGGCCUGUCGUUGAUGGAGGAACAUGGAAUUUGUAAAGUCCAUCCUGCCCUGAAUGUCAGCACACGGACCUCUGAACGCCUUCGUGAUCUCCAUCAGAGCUGGCGAGCCAAGGACUUGAAACAGUGCUCAGAGAAUGUACACAUCUCCUCAUGACUGACUUUAGGUGGGGAGCGGGGGGAUUUGUACCAUAACUUAGCGCAAGGUUAAAAGCCAUUGUAUAACCAAGUGUGCUCUUUUUUUAAGAGUUAGAGUCUUACAAUCAAAUCUUGUGCUAAUGUCACUUUGGGUAUGGUCUUGAGCCAGUAUUUGUAGUGGGUUUCAGGAAAAUCUUUGAAUUUUGAACUACAGUGGACUAUCUUGUGGUUCUUAAGUGUUUAUACUAUAUUUCUAAGAAGUUCUUUUGAGAAAAAUUAACAGUAUGUAUGUAGGUUAUCUUUUUUAAAACUUCCUUACAAAUUGUAUUAUAUUGUAAAAUGGAUGCAAAUCUUCAAAAUAAGUUUACAGUUCAUGUAGCAUUGAUAAUCUUUGGGUGGAUAAUUAGUGAUCAUUUUGAAAGCUUGAGCACUGAUGCUAGAAAAUUGCUUUAAUCAUUAAAUAUCUGGGAUUAUUCUUUGAAAACAAAUGAUCCUAUAAUUUUUAAAAAGAAUGACUUAAUUUGUUUUAUUCUUAAGUGUGUGCCAGUUAAACUUGUAUGGCCUACUUAAUGAAGUUUAACUUCAUAGCAAGAAUGAACAGGCUUAACUAAUACAGUUGUUUUCUAAAGGGAGAUUGUUUUAAGAAGACUAUUAUGUAACUGAGUGGAAAGUAAUUUAACUGUAUGUGAAAGUGAAUGGAAAAGUUUUGUGUUGUGCAGGUCAUUUAUUUAGAUGUUGCUGGGCUGAAUAACAGUUACUUUUGAUUUUAAUCUCAAAUUAUUAGUUGCUUUCUUUAUGGGUAGAAAACAGUAUUAUCUGGAAGGAAAGAUGUUUAGUGGUUUUGUUUAUUUUUCUGAGAUGUGUGGUAUUAUAAAUUAUACUUGUACUUUUAUAACUGAGUUAUUUUUAGCCACUUAGAUUAUUUUUUUUGUUUGUUGACCCAUUUUAGCUGCUCUGAUGUCAACUAAUGAUUUUCUAAUUUUUUUCAACUUAAAUAAGUAAAAAUUUAAUUAAAAAGCAGGACACUCAAGUAAAUUUAAUGGUUUAGCUCCAUACAUGGUCACUUAUAUUUUUAUAUUUCAGGUAAGUGGGAAGCAUUAAAGACUGGGGUUUUACUUA